CCACAGCAAUAAUAUCAAAUGAAUUCGAAGAUAAACAACAAGAACCAGUUCCAGUUCCAAAUCCAAUUCCAGUUGGGUACGGUUACGUAAUCAGAUCGGCGACGGUCAGUCCCUCCGGGAAGUCUCUGACUGCUCAUCUCCAACUCAUCAAAAACUCCACUGUUUUCGGGCCUGACAUUCAGAGUCUCACCCUCAUUGCCAGCUUGGAGACAAACGAUCGUCUGAGGAUUCGAAUUACAGACGCAAAGCAGCAGAGAUGGGAGAUCCCCCAGCAAAUCCUCCCCCGCAGCAGCAGCAGCUCCGAUCAGUGCUUCUCCUCCCAGACAGAAUACCAGCAGCAUUGCAUCUGGCAGCCCAGCUCAGAGCUCAUUUUCACUCUCCACAACACCACUCCCUUCGGAUUCACCGUCUCCCGCCUCUCCUCCGGCGACAUCCUCUUCGACACCUCGCCGGAUGCCUCCGAUUCCGGCACAUUUCUCAUCUUCAAGGAUCAGUACCUGCAGCUCUCAUCUUCUCUCCCUUCCCACCGCUCCUCCCUCUACGGCCUCGGAGAGCACACCAAGAAGUCCUUCAAGCUCCUUCGCAACCAGACUCUGACCCUGUGGAACGCCGACAUACCCAGCGCCAAUCUCGACCUCAAUCUGUAUGGUUCCCACCCCUUGUACAUGGAGGUCAGGUCCCCCGCGGGGACCACACACGGUGUGUUGUUGCUCAACAGCAAUGGCAUGGACAUUGUGUACAAUGAAGGUGGUGAUAGGAUCACUUAUAAGGUCAUUGGUGGCAUUCUUGACUUGUAUUUCUUCGCCGGACCCACCCCUGAGAUGGUCAUCCAACAAUACACCCUCCUCAUUGGCCGCCCUGCCCCUAUGCCAUACUGGUCCUUCGGAUUUCACCAGUGCCGCUAUGGUUAUAGAGACGUUUAUGAUCUCGAGGAUGUGGUUGCUAACUAUGCAAAAGCUAGAAUCCCUCUAGAAGUUAUGUGGACUGAUAUUGAUUACAUGGAUGGCUACAAGGAUUUCACACUCGAUCCCACUAAUUUUCCCCUGGAAGAGAUGCGGAAAUUCGUCAAUGCACUUCACCGGAAUGGUCAGAAAUAUGUCGUCAUUUUGGAUCCUGGUAUCAGUGUGAAUAUGACAUAUGGAACAUACAUAAGAGGGAUGAAAGCCAACAUCUUCAUAAAACGCGACGGUACCCCUUACCUGGGAGUUGUUUGGCCUGGGCCAGUCUACUUCCCUGAUUUUGUAAAUCCUGCUGGAGCAAUCUUCUGGGCCGAGGAAAUCAAAAUUUUCCGAGAUCUCCUUCCCAUCGACGGCCUGUGGCUCGACAUGAAUGAGAUCUCCAAUUUCAUCUCAUCCUCUCCCACCCCAUUUUCCACCCUUGACAAUCCUCCAUAUCAGAUUAACAAUGCUGGUAACCGACGCCCCAUCAAUGAGAAAACUGUUCCGGCAACGUCGAUACACUUCGGUAACAUCACAGAGUACAAUAUUCAUAACCUUUAUGGAUUGUUGGAGUCUAAAGCUACUAAUGCAGCUUUGGUUGGAGUGACCGGUAAACGACCAUUUAUCCUCAGUAGGUCGACAUUUGUGGGCUCUGGCAAGUACACGGCACAUUGGACUGGAGACAAUGCUGCCACAUGGGAGGAUUUGGCAUAUUCAAUUCCAGGCAUACUGAGCUUUGGGCUCUAUGGAAUUCCUAUGGUUGGAGCUGAUAUUUGUGGUUUUUCUGGAAAUACAACUGAAGAACUCUGCCGCCGAUGGAUUCAGCUAGGGGCCUUUUAUCCCUUUGCAAGAGACCACUCAGACAAGUUCACAAUCCGUCAAGAGCUCUAUCUCUGGGACUCAGUCGCUGCAACAGCCAGGAAGGUGCUCGGACUUCGUUACAGACUACUACCUUACUUCUACACGUUGAGUUAUGAAGCACACACAAAAGGAACCCCCAUCGCUCGUCCCCUCUUCUUCUCAUUCCCUCAAGACAUCUCAACUUAUGACAUCGACUCACAGUACCUCAUUGGUAAAGGUGUAAUGGUGUCCCCUGUUCUCAAGUCGGGAGCAGUCACCGUUGACGCGUACUUUCCAGCUGGAAACUGGUUUGACCUAUUCAACUACUCGAACUCAGUAAGCGUGGAUCGGGGAAAGCAUGUCAUCCUUGAUGCGCCACCUGAUCAUAUAAACGUGUAUGUGCACGAAGGGAAUGUGUUGGCGAUGCAGGGAGAAGGAAUGACUACUGAUGCAGCAAGGAAAACACCAUUUGAGAUAUUGGUGGUGGUUAACAGUGGUGGAAACAGUACCGGGGAAGUGUUUUUGGAUGAGGGAGAUGACGUGGAAAUGGGUGGAGGGUUGGGAGGGAGGUGGAGUUCAGUGAAAUUUCACGGUGGUGUCGUGGGGAAUAAAGUGAUGGUUGGAUCAGAGGUUGUGAAUGGAGGAUUUGCUGUGAGUCAAAAAUGGAUCAUAGAGAAAGUGACUAUUCUGGGAUUGAAAUUGAAUGGAAGGGCUAAUAAGUUGAAGAAGGGGGGUUAUGAGUUGAUUAUUACCAAGGGAGGAGCAAAACUACAUGGAAACUCAAGAGUGCAUUUGUCUGGUAAUGGAACAUUUGUUAUUGUGGAGAUCUUAGGACUGUCACUACUCAUUGGGGAAGAGUUCAAAAUAGAGUUGACACUCAGCAAGUAAUUAAUGGUAGUAUUCAAAAAAGAAUGAAAAAAUUAUUAGUGCACAAUAUCUGAUCACAGAACUGGAUCAGAUUCUAUGUUCGUAAAAGAACUGAAAAAUAAAUAAAUAAAUGCAACCAAGACUAUCAAUAAAAUUACAAAGCUGCAGUUAUAACUUGCUUCACUGUUUUAUACUGAGCUGAUCCAGAAAUGAUGCUAAAAAAGUUGGGUCUUCCAUUGGUGUUGUUAAUGUCAUUAUUAUUAAUUUUCCA